AUGAAUUUAAGCCGCAACGUGGUGCUGAUGUGCGUCUUCAUCACAUCUCUUCAAGGAAGUGAUGGAUCCAGGUUACCCGUGUCCAAAACGGAGAAGGAAAAGACGCUGAAGCAGCUGGAGGAAAUAAUCCACCCUCUCCAAAACUUUUAUAACACAACUGGAACAGAAUGGGUCGGCAAUCCUGUUUUUUCUCCCUAUCUGGACCAGAUGAAUUCCAGGGCUUCCUGCACCUGUCAGACGAUGCUGCUCGACAGAAUUUUAAAACUAUACGAAGAAAUCUUCACAGAGAUGAGCAACAACUCUGAGAAGAAAGAAGUCAAAAAUAAUCUAAAGAAUGCAGUGAAGGAGGUAGAAAAGCUGAGACGCAAAUUCAAUGGAGAGCAAAAGCUUUGGAAAGACCUCCAGGACAUUAACCUAAUAAAGGUGAAAAAUGGUACGGUCCAGAAGGGAGCACUAAAUGACUUUCUCAUGGUGUUUGAUUUGGCCUAUUGA